CACGAAGUCCUGCCCCAACCAGCCAACCCGCAGACAGACCUGGUUUGUGGAGCCGCAGGUUUUCAGCAGUGACAAAGAGCCACAGAUGACAAGCGAAGCAAAUUCAGACUUGAGCAUCGCUGAUCUCAAAUCGACCCAAGCCAUCAACGAAGACUACCAGGACACGUCCUACGACCGCGGCCACUUGAACCCCUUUCUUUUCCAGUGUGACCAGGGCCGUACGGCCACCUUCACCCUCACCAACGCUGCUCCCAUGGACCCCUGCUUCAUCAGGGUGCGCUGGUACAAACUGGAGAAGGCGCUGAAGGAUCAGCUGCAGAAAGAGUGCAACGAUAUUGAAGGUGACCCAUACCUGAUCACCGGCACAGUUCCGAGCCAGAACAGGAAAAUCCCUGUUCAACAUGAAGACGAGGAGGGAGACAGGACCCGGGACUACGACAGAGUGUCUGUGCCCAGUCACGUCUGGACAGCUGUGUGCUGUGACCAUGCUGAUAAGAACAGAACAUUUUCGUUUGCUUUUCUGGGUAAAAAUCAAGAGGAAUCACAGCUGGAGCCCUUGUCAGUGGCAGAGCUGAAUCUCAGACUCCCAGGUCUGUAUGGAAGAUCCAGAAGUAUCAAACUCUUCGCUGAUGACUGCAAUGGCGAUUCUGAAAAAAGUGGAAAUAUACUGGCAUCAGUCAGGAGUAAAGUGCUUGAUUCUUUUAAAGCCCAGAUCACAGAUGAUGAUUCCCAAAUCAUCCGAGAGACCAAGAGGGCCAAGCUUGACAAGGACAAACAAGGGAUCAUGCAGAGCAAGCACUUGAAGGAACAAAAUCUUAUCCUCCUUAGUGAGGGAUACUACUAUCGUUUUGACAGUUUGAGGGAAUGGUUCAACACUAUGUCCACACUGUACAGGGAAGACAAACUGGCUUGUGUGCUCAGUGCCCCCAGUGCUGUGUAUAGGGAGGUGGCCCAGUCUGAUGGAGGAGGUGCAACAUGCUCUCUGACCAGAGACAUCCAGGGCACCAGCAAGACUAUCACAGCCAGUGGUUAUCUCUGCAAAGCGUCUGAUCAGUGUGGAUAUAAGGCCAAUAGUUACUUCUGGUGCUACACAAAUCAAGGUUACGAUUACUGUUGUGUUAGUGAGUGCUCUCUGAAAGACUCACACUAUCAGUGUUGGAAUGGUAAUAAAGAUGUCCCCUGUUCCCCUCAGUACUCCACUGUUACUGUCAAGGGAACCCCAUGUCGCCCCGAUCAACAGUGUGCCAAGUAUGGUAAAGACUAUUACUGGUGCUACACUGAUUACAAGAAAAACUGGGAAUACUGCUGCUCCCCAACACACUACUGUGACGAUCAUGGUUACGGUUACCGCUGGUGUUACACAGAUGACCCUCAUUCCAAAAACCAAAAAUGUUAACAAGCUUUUCUAAUGGAGAGAGAGGUUACUGCACUGACACAAUUCUGUCUACAAAUUUACUAUUUGUGUGAGAUUAAUGCACUAGCACAAUUCUGUCUACAGUCAAAUUCACUCUUUGUGUGAGAUUAAUGCACUAACACAAUUCUGUCUAGUGAUAUUUACUCUUUGUGUGAGAUUAAUGCACUAACACAAUUCUGUCUACAGUUACACUCUUCCUGUCUGCGUGAGGUUACUUCAAUAACUCACUAACAGUGAAUUGAGAUGAUUCUUCAUACAGAAAACAAAAAGAACCAACACCCCAGCUGAACUGAUCGUAAUAUCAACAAAUGUGUGCGUGGUGGCCGGACAUUCUCAGAAAUGGCUUCGCCAAUGACCUCUAGUUUAACAAUUUCAUAUACAUUGUAUUUUCCACCAGUGACUGUCAGCUGUGUACCUGUUUCCUUGGAGUGAUUCUGUACUUUUCAUGUGGGGUGGCGGGGAGCCUUGUAGUUUGCCUCUCAAUAAAUCCUGUUCCUCGGUGAUGCCAAA